AUGAGUAGUUAUUCAUCGGAUGAUUUGACAGAUCAGGCACCAAAUGAUAUUUCAUUUGAAACCAAUUUGUUCUCUGUAAACUUUCAUCCUACCGAUGAUUUGGUAGUGGUCUCUGAUGCAGAGGGUAGAGUUAAAUUAUUUAAAUAUGGAUUAGAAGAGAAUAAGAGCAUGUUUGCAUUAAGACCACAUAAGUCUGGUUGUAGAGAAGCUUGUUUCUCAACAGAUGGAAAAUAUAUAUUUACAGCAUCAUCAGAUUGCUCAAUGAAAGUAAUCGAUGUAAAUACAGGAUCUGUUUUAUAUACAAGAGAAGAAGCACAUGAUGAUGCAAUUAACACAUUAAUAAGUAAAGAUUUUAUGGUAUUCACUGGUGAUGAUGAAGGUACUGUCAAGGUUUGGGAUAUGAGACAACAGAAUAUUGUUUGUGAAUUUCAAGAGCAUGCCGAUUAUAUAUCUGAUAUCAUAACAAUCAAUGAUAGACAUGUAGUUGCAACUUCGGGUGACGGUGGACUUUCAAUAUAUAAUUUCGUUAGAAGAUCAUUAGAUGAUAUAUCAGAAAAGACAGACAAUGAGUUACUUUCAGUGGCAUCAUUAGAGAACGACCAAACUUUGGUAUGCGGAACACAAGACGGAACUAUUUUAAUAUUUGACAUUCACAACUUGGAAACACCAAAAAAGUUUGUUGGUCAUCCCCAAUCAGUAGAUUCAAUCGUAAAGGUUUCAAACGACAGUUUUCUCUCUGGUUCAAGUGAUGGUAUGAUUAGAUAUGUAGGUAUUAAACCAAGAAAACUAUUAGGUGUAAUUGGAGAACAUUCAACAUUCCCAGUAGAACGUAUUGCUAUUUCAAGAGAUAAUAGAUAUUUAGGUUCAAUUUCACACGACUUGUCUUUAAAGUUUUGGAAUGUUUCUAAUCUCUAUGACGAUGAAGUCGAUGAGGAUGACGAACAGAUGGAUCAAGACGAGAGUAACGAUGCCGACAGUGUAGACUAUGAAAACGAAGGUCAGGACAAUGAAGAUGAAGAGUUGACCGAUGACAGCGACGAUAACAUGGAUGACAGUGAUAACGAUGAUGAUAAAGACAGUGACGAUAGCGAUAGUGAUGACAGCGACGAUGACUCUUCAGAUGACAAUAAAAAAGUUCGUAAAUCACGUGCCGCCAGAAAGAAGGAAGCUAAAAAAGAAUGGACAAACGCACCAAAUAAAGAAAAGAAAAAGAAAAAGAAUUUCUUUAAUGACCUUUAA